AUGCCAACACCUCCAUCCUGGCGUCUGACACGUGGGCAAAGCGGACCUGGAGUGAACUCGACUCUCUCUCCAUCCACCUGGAGUUUGAUUCCCCUUCUCUUCAGCCACUACGCCAAGGAGACCAACUUCACUCUUUCUGAUAUUGUGAAUGCUGAAGGGACAGCAAUUACUCUGAAAGCAUGGAAAGGGCUAAGAGCGGAUAGCUGUUCUGAUCGGUACCAAUGGCCCCGCACUGCUCGUCCGUCUAACCAAUGGUGGACUGCAUGGCAACAAUGGAUCUCUACUCAUCUGACCGGCCACUCCAACCGACGCCGUCUCAGUUCUCCGUUAGGCCCGUGGCAUUCCGUUGACUUGUCCUGGAAGUGGCAAUACUCCCCCUCUACCAAUACCCUGUUCCACCGUGAGGGUCAACUAUGGAUCCCUUCCGUUCCUCUUGCCUCCACCAGCCGUCAGCGCACCUUCUACUUGCCUCGUCGCUUCAACCCUGAUCUCCCACCUCUACCAGUGGAUGCUGUCCGCGCCUCGGUCUCUGUCUUCCCUAGCCGUUCCCCGAUCCACAAGAGCCGGGUCCUCCUCCACUCUACGGGCCCUCACCUACCAGCCGAACCACCUGCCCCCCCAUCUUUCAUCCUUGACCUCUGGCAUCACUUCCGCAGCCUGGCUGACUCAGGUUCUCACGGCUGGGUUCCAGAGGUCAUUACCAUUGAAGGUGGUGAGGACCGCCUGGUUCAGACCCUUCGCGCCGGUACCCUUCGUGCUGUGAGCGACGGCUCUUACAAAGUUAAAGUGGGCACAGCAUGCGCUCAAAUUCUCACUGAGGACCGCAGGGAUAUCAUCUGGAUCACAUGCCAAACCCCUGGGAAAUUUGAUGACCAGAGUUCAACGCGCAGCGAAUUGAUUGGCCUUAUGGCCUCUCUCCUGGUGUUGGACUGGAUGUCUCAGGUCGCCCACCUGAAACUCUUUGCCAGCCAACCGUCGGUUGAGAUGGCCUGCGACGGGCUCAUAGCUCUUGAUAAGUCCUUCUCCAAAUUCCACCUGUCAUCGUCUGGUGCCCAAUUCGACCUGGCCUCAACCAUCCGGGCCUUGCUUCGCCACCUUCCCCUCCAAGUUCAUCGGCGCCAAGAACAAUUGGCUUCUUACCUGCUACACAAUCAUGCCCACCAUCACCUUCAAAAAACUCAAAAAACAAAAUAA